UAGCUCUCCACCGAGCAGCCUCGAUCCCCUCGAUAUCGAGGCCUAAAGCAAGUAGUAUAUAAACCACAGCCAACCCACAAAUCAAUAUCACAAACUCAAGCAAUCUCUUGUUCUUCAAUUGCUAGCAGUCCAACUAAUACAGACCCUCUCUUUGUUUUCUCAAGAUGAACAGACCAGGAGAUUGGAAUUGCAGGUCAUGCCAACACCUGAACUUUCAGAGGAGAGACUCAUGCCAAAGAUGUGGAGAUCCAAGACCUGGUGACUUUGGAAGUUUUGGUGGGAGGGGUGCUGCUUCAUCGUUCGGGUUCAUCACAGGUCCGGAUGUCAGGCCUGGUGAUUGGUACUGCAAUGUGGGGAAUUGUGGAACCCAUAAUUUCGCCAGCCGAUCCACCUGCUUCAAGUGUGGAGCGUUUAAGGAUGAAGCAUCAUCCGGCGGAUACGAGGGUGAAAUGUCUCGCUCUAGAGGUUUCGGGUUCGGUGGCGGCAGUGGUGGCAGCGGCGGCGGUGGCCCUGGUCGCUCCGGAUGGAAAUCCGGUGACUGGAUUUGCACCAGAUCAGGGUGCAAUGAGCACAACUUUGCUAGUAGGAUGGAAUGUUUCAGAUGCAACGCACCAAGGGACUAUGCUAGGAAUAUUGAUCUAUCUUAGACUCCCAUUUUUUGCUAAGGUAUCAAGCCUAAAGAGCAAGUUUAGAGAAACCAUCUAUAUGAUAUCAAGCUGAUCAUCUUUUUUGUCCUAUCCCCUACCUUUCUUUAUUCCCUUAAUUUUGAUAUUUAUCUUCAUAAAUUUUCUUCUAUUAGGGACCUUUAGAUGACCUCAAGUAGAGGCAAAUCUUUCAUUUUGUGAGCUUUCUUAUAUCUAAGAUAGUCAUGUAGUUCUGGUGGUUUCAUUCUAAUGUCAGUAAGUUUGAGAGUUUCCAGUAUCAUUAUUAUUAUUUGUUCCUGAUCUAGGCGUUCCUAGAUGAGGCAUAUGUAAUCUUCACUUCUUAUUAUCAAUAGAAUUAUGAUGACAUGUACUAGCAUUAAAUUUCAGAAACUCUCUCUGUGUUCUAUAUGUAAAAUUA